AUGGAUGAGGAGAAGCUUCCCUGUGAGUUAAUUGACGAGACGCUCUUUCGUGUCCCUCCUAAAUCACUUGUUCGCUUCAGAACCGUUUCUAAGCAAUGGAACUCCCUUUUCGACGAUAAGACGUUCAUCGACAACCACAAGAUGACAUAUCGAUUCAUCCUAGCAACCAAAUCCAAGUUCUACUCGGUAAGUAUCACUCCAAAGAUACAAGUGCGUGAGCUAACUUUAGAUAUUCCCGAUUUAGAAUCACAUACACCUAAGAAAUUGAUAGAUUGCAAUGGGUUCUUGCUGUGUGGCAUGGAUAAAGGAGCCGUGGUUUGGAACCCGUGGUUAGGACAGACUAGAUGGAUCGAGCUUAACCAACCUAGUUUGUAUUUCAAUGGAGUAGGUUAUGAGUAUGGUAACAGGAGACUUUUGGAGAGUGGUUACAAGACCCUUGUGUCUUAG